AUGGGAAAUCAAAGCAUCCAAUAGAAGUAAAAACCAGGAAGUUAAAGACUAAAAGAAUCUCAUUAGGAUGUUAAUAAGCAUUCCUAAUUUAAGGAUAAAUAUUAGAGCAAGAAUUCCAGAAAUUUACAAAGCUAAAUGAAUCAAAGAGGCAUUUUAAAGUAUUUGAAUAUGCAAAAUUUAAGUCGUUUAAUUGCUGAGGAUAUGCCUUUAUAUUCGGUCAAAUUAAUUCAAUACAUCUUCAAUUUUCUAAACAUUACAGAAGUUUUAUAAUUGAAAUUAGUGAACAGGAAACUAAAGUUUAUGGUUGAAUUGAGUAGUAACAUAUAUGCGAACUACUUGAGUUAAUUAUUUAUAAGGAAGAUGCAAAUUUCAAGUUUCAUUGAAUAUGGGUCAGAUCUGAGAUUUUAAGCAGCAUUUGGUGAGUAGCUCCUAAAAAUUGAAUUGAAUUAAGACGAAUCCUGGCUAUGGAUAUACCAAUCAUUUUAAAAGUCAAAGUAUUACUCUCUAAAUAAUUAGACUUAUGAUGAAUCAAUUGAAUAGAGAGAUGAAUUUAACAUAAAAUUUGAGUGACUUAAUCGUUAAUUCAUUGAUUGAACCCCUAUUGCCAAUUGCUAUUUUGACUGAUGAUCAAUUAAAACAAGCCACUACAAGUUGGUUUCAAUUAUAUAUGGCAUAAAAUAGUGAAGAUGUGAAUUGUAAUAUAUAAGCAGAUUUGAACCUAAAUGAGAAAUUUUAAUUUUACUAUUUAGAGUGUUUGGAUCAGUAUAAAAUUUAAAACCUUUAACAUACAUAAUUGUUAAUGGAAAUCAAAUGGGUCAUUAUUGAUAAUUUUAUCCGAGAUCCCUCCACUAUAAAUAAUGCACCGGCUCUGCUCACUCUUGCAGCAAAUAUUUUGCACAUGUUAUAUUUAAGAUGUUUGUUCAGUAGAAAUGUUUUGAGAAUUAUUUAAAAGGGAAAGGUUUAAGCUCAAAUUUUAAACUUCUAUAUCAUUUUAUGGAAAACUUACAUGGGAACAAUUUGGAGCUUAAAUAUCUAUUUUGAAGAGUUGUUUAAGUACAUAGAUCAAAUAUUUAAUUAAUUCUAUAAAGCUUCUAUUCCUUCAUAUAGUUUCAUAACCAUUGCAGGAAGAAUCUGGACCCAAGUAAUUUUGAAAGACAAAUAUGAUUAAACUCAAUAUAGUGAAUCAAUAGAAUAAAGCAUUUUGUAGUCAUUUAAUAUUUUAUUAAGUGAAAAAAGAUAUUAAUUACUCCAAGUUUUUAUAUUGGAUUAAGAACAGUAAAGUUCACUUGGUAACAUAACCAAAAAUUAGAUAUUUAAAGAUCAAUAUUUCUAACAAAUAUCUAAUGCCAUUAAUUGUUUAUUGGGACAUCUUUCAUCCUCUUUGUUGGAUAUUUCUAUGCAUGAACUAUCAAUUCAUUGGAUAGGGCACUCAAAAUUAAAAGUUGGACAACCAUAUGCCGCUCUAUUAUAAAAUAUUGUUAAAGAUUCUCAUGCCAUUUAUCAAAGGGCAUCAUAAUUAUUUGGAUCAAAUUAUUCACUAUUUUAGGAAUAUAUUUAAUGUAAUCAUAUUAUUAAUUAUUUUAGCUGACUCUAAAUUCCUUUAAGAAAUCAUCAAUAGAUGGACUGUUUAAAUCAUUAUCUUACCUAUUGGAUUGAAUUAUUUGCAAGAGACUAUAAAAAAAAAUCUUAGAAAAUUGAUUAUUAACUAUAUCUCUAACAAGCCAGAAAUUACCAUAGAUUAAGAUUUAAUUAUUGUGCCUGCAAAUUAGUUCUUAACAACUCCUAAUUCCAAUUUAGAAAAAUCAAUUUAGGCUGAUGCACUUACUAAUAUAAUAAAAUAAAUAAUUAAAGAAGAAAAACUUAUAAAAUAAGAAUAAACCUAGGAAACCAUAGAACCAAAUUAGGUUAAAUAUAUUUAGAGUAGAAUCACAGAAGAAUCUUCUAAUACUAAAUAUGGAGAUUUAUCGAAAUAUUCUAUGAGCAAUAAAAGCAGUUAAAUCACAGAAUGGAAAAGCUCUUACAGCUAAAUUCAAGAAACCUCUAAUAUAGAAUAGAGUGAAUAAGAAUAGAUGUUAAUCAGAUAAUUAAGUAAUCAUUUUUCUAAUGAAAUAUGGGUGCAGUAUUUGAAUAAGAUAAAACUAAUUGAGAUUGAAAAUUAAAUUAAAAUUGACAAAAGAAAUACUGAAAUAGAAUGGAGGAAUAAAAUACGAAAAAUAAAUCUCAACAUUUCAGAACAAUAUGCAUAAAUAUUAGACUUUAAUUACAUCCCUGAUGUUGAAAAAAUACUGAGCUAUUUUGAACAUAAUCAUAAUAAAGGAAUAGAACAAAUAUCUUUUUCAGGUCAGACAAAUCAUUUUAUAGAAAUUAAUGCAAAUGGGUAAUCUCUCAUCAAUUACUUAGACUAGUAAGAGAUAAUUUAGUGA